UAUAACGGCACCGGAGAGACUGACGAGUCACUGAGAGGAAACACAAAAGUGACUAAGAACGGUUCCGAACUAAAUGAUUUAAUCACGUUGAAAUGAGUGGCAUCUCACAGCGCAGGUCUAAGAUCUCGAAACCGCUGAUGGAGCGAAGGAGGCGCGCGCGCAUCAACGCGUGCAUCGGCGAACUGCGCGCGCUUUUGAUCCAAGCCCACGUGACCACGAGCUGUCAAUCUUCUAAACUGGAAAAGGCGGAAAUCCUCGAGUUCACUGUGCGACACCUGCGCGCGCUACACCGCCGUUAUACAGUGUCAGAUGAGUGGAGUCGGUUCUGUGCGGGAUACGUGGCGUGUGUGCGGGAGAUCACGUGCUUCUUCAGAACCGCAGACCCGUUACAGGACCGUCAUCACCCGGACACAUCAUCACAGAACCGGGUCGGGACCCUCACACACUGCACACGUGUCUGGAGACCCUGGAGCUGAAACCCGCUCAUGUCACGGUUUCUUCCUGUAGUCUAUUAUUCGAGCACUUCAGUAAUAACCAGUGGCGUAGCCAAGGGUGGGCCGGAGUGGGCCUGGGCCCAUCCAGAAUAUUAGAGAUUAUUCUUUGACUUCAAAUAUAUAUUUAUAAAAUAGUUUAAAAAAAUGCAUAAAUUCGGGGGCCUGGGUAUCUCAGCGAGUAUUGACGCUGACUAUCACACCUGGAGUUGCGAGUUUGAAUCCCAGGGUGUGCUGAGUGACUCCAGCCAGGUCUCCUAAGCAACCAAAUUGGCCCGGUUGCUAGGGAGGGUAGAGUCACAUGGGGUAACCUCCUUGUGGUCACUAUAAUGUGGUUCUCGCUCUCGGUGGGGCGAGUGGUGAGUUGUGCAUGGAUGCUGCGGAGAAUAGCAUUAAGCCUCCACACGUACUACGUCUCCGUGGUAACGUGCUCAACAAGUCACGUGAUAAGAUGCGCGGAUUGACGGUCUCAGACGCGGAGGCAACUGAGAUUCGUCCUCCGCCACCCGGAUUGAGGCGAGUCAUUACGCCACCACGAGGACUUAGAGCGCGUUGGGAAUUGGGCAUUCCAGAUU